GCGAAGUGCCACCACUAGUUCGUAUCCAUCUUGACAAAAAUUUUUGCAAGCGUAUAAAAUUAAACAAAUCGUUGAGUUGUGGACAAGAAAUCGCCACUAGAAUAACUGGAAAAAAGCGAAAAUGGGAAGCAACGACAGAGCAUCGAGAUCGCCGCGUUCGGAUGAUCAGCGCGAGAUCAGCGACAUGCCGGCCACCAAAAGAACGCGUUCCGAUUCGGGUGAGUUUCCCAGCUGUUUGUCUAUAAAUAACUAUGUAUGAUGGAAUGAUAUUGCCGCGGCGAUCAGCACAUCGCCCCCAAAAACAUGUUGUGUGUGUCUGGCAAUGAAUGAGCUUGACACUUACAAUACAUACAUACAUAUGUGGCACGUAGGUUUCAAUCGACAGUGCAACAGUCCACGGAAUACGGAAUCCUCGAGGAGCCGGCCUUCCAAAUUGUAUUGUAUCUUUUUGGUUGUCCAAGCAUAAAACAUAAGCACAUCUUAUAUUUUCUCUCCCACUUGUACUUGUACUACUCUACUCUACUCUACUACUCUACUCUACUACUCCGUUGCAUCCAGGGGCAGCACUGACGCCACUAAAUAAUCGGUUUUUCUUUUUGUUCUGCUUAAGUAAUUGCAGACUUCAUAAACGCACGAUGAACUCUAACUCAGACUGUGAGGUGUGAGGUGAGGUGAGAGUCAAACAAAUCGAUUUGAGAGUCAGUCUAUCGCCAAAAGUCGAAAAGGGCGCGAUCCCCAGUCGAUAGAGCAAAAGCAUAUAUACAUACAUGUGCUAAAUAACGAAAGCGAAUGCAAGCGAGAAAGCGCAAUGAAAUGCGUAUUGUUCAUAAAUCUAGGGCAUCAGUGAGUCCAAGUCCCGGUCCUGAAAACAAAACCAAUACGUUAAUAUACGAGUCGACGGAUCGCCAGAACUAAUCCAAAAUGCAUAUAUGUAUAACUAUUAUCUCUCUCUUUCUCUUUCUUCUAUAUUUCUCUUUUUUAGUUCUCGUAAGCGUUUUAACUCCUUUUAAGUUUGUUCCGCCUAUGACUAAGUUUUAUCAAGAUCGAAAUCGAGGUUCGGGUAUUCGAGAUCGAAAAAGAGAGAUGACCAAUUAGAUAACUACUCUACUACUACUACUCCACUACCAAUCUACUACUACUAUCAAUAUCAGCCACAAAACAGCCCAACCAGAACAUCGACAUUAAUCCGCUUCUAACCACCUCGCCACCACGUCGUCGUGUGCCGCCAGCCGAUCGGGGACCGAUCCCGAUCCCGAUCCCGAUCCUGAUCCUGUUUGAGAUUCUGAGUCUGGCUCCGGUCCUGUCCUGGUUGCAUUUUACAUUAAGUACCAAUGAUUUUGUGUUUUGUCGUCCUAGCUAGCUAGCAGAUCAAAUCAAACGUCCGUCCAGUCAUGCGUCCGUAUAUUUUAGCAAUUGGUGGGGUACUAAACACUCAAUCCCGCUCAAUCCGCUGCCAAUCGCCCGAUCUUCCCGAUCGCCAUCCGCAUCUAGCAAUCACUAACUCACGAGCCUUGUUCUCGUAUGCGAAUCAUUAACCGUGGGUAGAAGAUGACAGCUUUUUGUAUGUAGGUAGGGCGGUGGAGAAGCUAACCAACUUAAACAUAUUGUUGCUCUUAUUAUCGUUUCAGCGUCUUGUUUUCUUUUUUUUAUUUUUCUCUUUUUAUCACUCUGAGCAAUGUAAAAUGUGUGUGACCCUUCUUCAAGUCAGUUACCACGCCCCAACUCAUGGAAAUCGAUUACGAAACGAAUACGAAUACGAAACCGCACCUAAGGUUGCUUAUAAUUUCUAAUUUUUAUAAACUACUCGCCAGAACGGAGCUGGGCACACGCGAGAUUGGGAGAUCGCAAGAUCGUUAGUUCGGCCAAUUCGCGCGCUUCUUUCUGGACGGGAUUACCCGGAUGUCCCGCCGUGUGCCCAGUUCGGUUUGUGUGUCGGCGGAUGAAUUUUGAUUUGAUACGCAUACACACUACACACCACCACUACUCGACACACAUUAACUCCUAUUUAUGUAUAUUUAAUAUUAUCCACACACUUGAAUCACAUCACAUACACUACGUAUCUCAAUCAAUUGCCUACCGAUAAGCGAAUAUGUUUUAUUUGACGGGAGCUCUCUCCUUUUAUUCUUGCAUUUUCCAGCCUUGACAAAUAAAUGACAAAAACUCAAGCCCCUCUGCAUAAACGAUAGACUCAUAGACUCUCUCAUCCAACGCAAAUCGAACAAGAAAGCGAAAGCAUUAACCUUAAGUAUGCAGUAUCUAAUAUUGAAAAAAAAAAACAACUAAAAAAAAUGAUUGUGACCAUAAUAGCAACUGCCCAUCGAUAGACACGCGCUCCAAAAACCCAAAUGAUCCGCUCGUGGAGCCACUAUAUGAUUAACAAUUUGUUUUCUUAUUUUUUCUUUUUUGUCUUCAUCUUUCUUGCAGGCAGCAGGCAGUUUUUGUCUUUAUUUAAGCGGUUUCAAACGCAAUCUCUUGACCAAUUGUCAAUUGUCUGACCCACUUUGCCUUCGGAUAAGACAAAAAAAAAAAAACCAAAGAAUGAAAAUCAAUCAAAAAUCGAACAAGUCAAAUGAAAAAAGUCGAAUCGAAUCGAAUCCCAAUCAAAUUGCAUAGCUGAUGAUCAACUGAAACGAAUCCCCUCCCACUAUAAGAUGCACUAAUCCCUCUUCCCAAUUCUAGGCAAGUCCACGGAUUCGAAAAUUCCCUACCUUUCGCAGCCCCUGUACGACCUCAAGCAGACGGGCGAUGUCAAGUUCGGUCCGGGUACCCGUUCGGCGCUCCUCGGCCUCCUGGGCGGCGCCCUGCCCAAGCUCUCCUCGGAGCAGCACGACCUGGUCAGCAAGGCCAAGAAGUACGCCAUGGAGCAGAGCAUCAAGAUGGUGUUGAUGAAGCAGACACUGGCCCACCAACAGCAGCAAUUGGCCACUCAGCGCACGCAGGUUCAGCGACAACAGGCACUGGCUCUCAUGUGCAGAGUCUACGUGGGCAGCAUUUCGUUUGAGCUCAAGGAGGACACAAUUCGUGUGGCCUUCACUCCCUUCGGCCCCAUCAAAUCAAUCAACAUGUCCUGGGAUCCCAUCACGCAAAAGCACAAGGGAUUCGCGUUCGUGGAGUAUGAGAUACCGGAGGGCGCACAGCUGGCGCUGGAACAGAUGAACGGAGCCCUGAUGGGGGGCAGGAACAUCAAGGUAGGCCGACCCAGUAACAUGCCACAGGCGCAGCAGGUGAUCGACGAGGUGCAGGAGGAGGCCAAGAGCUUCAACCGCAUCUACGUGGCCUCCAUCCAUCCCGACCUUUCCGAGGAGGACAUCAAGAGCGUCUUCGAGGCCUUUGGCCCGAUCCUCUACUGCAAGCUGGCCCAGGGCACUUCCCUUCACACGCACAAGGGCUACGGCUUCAUCGAGUACGCCAACAAACAGGCCAUGGACGAGGCAAUCGCCAGCAUGAAUCUCUUUGAUUUGGGAGGCCAGCUUCUGAGAGUGGGUCGAUCUAUUACGCCGCCGAAUGCCCUGGCCUGUCCCACAACGAACUCCACGAUGCCCACGGCUGCGGCAGUGGCUGCAGCGGCAGCAACGGCAAAGAUCCAAGCCCUGGACGCGGUGGCCAGCAAUGCGGUUCUUGGUUUGUCGCAGAACACUCCUGUCAUGGCAGCUGGAGCAGUGGUCACUAAGGUGGGUGCAAUGCCAGUGGUUUCGGCAGCCACAUCCGCGGCUGCUCUGCAUCCUGCUUUGGCUCAAGCCGCUCCCGCUCUUCUGCCGCCCGGAAUAUUCCAGGCACCAACUCCGGUGGCUCCCAGUUUGCUUGGGGUUCCUGCUGGCCUGCAACCUCUACAGGCGGUAGUGCCCACUCUUCCGCCGCCCGCCCUUCUGGCCACACCCACCCUGCCCAUGACGGUCGGCGGCGUUGGCGUGGGCUUAGUGCCCACUGUGGCCACUCUGGCGGGAGCGGAGGCCAGCAAAGGAGCUGCAGCUGCUGCCGCCCUCUCUGCCGCUGCAAACAAUGCCGCUGUCACGGCAGCAAAUCUCUCGGAGAACAUCAAGAAGGCGCACGAGAAGCAGCAGGAGGAGCUGCAGAAGAAGCUGAUGGAUGAGGGCGACGUGCAGACGCUGCAGCAGCAGGAGAACAUGUCCAUCAAGGGCCAGAGCGCGCGGCAGUUGGUAAUGCAGCGACUGAUGCGGCCGGUGGACUCACGUGUAAUCAUCCUGCGAAAUAUGGUCGGACCCGAGGAUGUGGACGAGACCCUGCAGGAGGAGAUCCAGGAGGAGUGCAGUAAAUUCGGCACCGUCAGUCGCGUGAUCAUCUUCAACGAGAAGCAGACGGAGAACGAGGACGACGACGAGGCGGAGAUCAUCGUGAAGAUCUUCGUGGAGUUCUCGGCAGGAGCGGAGGCCAUGCGGGGCAAGGAGGCACUCGACGGCCGGUUCUUCGGCGGUCGGAGAGUGGUGGCCGAGCUCUACGACCAGGGCAUCUUCGAUCAGGGAGAUCUGUCCGGUUAGAAGGGGGAGCUAUCCGAAUUGCAUGCGGCUCCCCGCAUUUGUUCUAUCAUUUUUUACGUAGCACCUAAAACGCAAACGAUGCAAGUUUAUUUAUUACGCCAGUCCGAAAGCCAACGGCACGGCAUCCGGAUUAUACAAUACGAUUAUGAUGAUUAUGAUGAUUCUGCAACGCAGUGAUUUAGUCUUUAAAAAGUAUCCCUACAGCGAGGGAAGCAAUUGUCGGUUUUCUUCGCAUUAUCGGAGCAAGAGAACUACAAAUUAGAACCCAGGCAAGCACGCCGCCGCCGACUAACAAUGUGUACAUUUACAAUUGAUUUAUUUCAGCGCUUAACUUACAAAAUAAACUAUAGUUUCCAAUUC